AUGUUGAAUGUUGGUGGAAUUGUGACGCCGAUAUUGGAAUAUUGGAAGAUCAAGCUAGGUACCCCCUUGAAGGUUCAUCACGGAUUGAUGCUUGUCACCUCUCUAACAUUGAUUACUUAUCCGGUGGUGUUCUUGGUAAGUUUACCUACCGGUUUUACCAAGGUCCAAAGGAAACCGCCAAUGUUCUCCUUCCUAAUACCACUAUUAAUUCGAUUCUUGUGCGAGACAACAUCAUCUUCAACCAACCAAUCGAACUUCUCUAUGAACAAUUUAUGGAGUUACCUCUCAUAUCACUUAAGCCGAACAAGAGAAGGAAGACAAGGGAAGCACAAGUCAAUGAAGAUUGUCCUCCUCCACCACUCUCCAUUUACGGGAGUAAACGGUACCACUUACCUCCAUUGGAUGUCCCUCUACAUUCAACCGUGGAGCGUCAUUCCUACCAAAGUGUCCAUCUCUUACAAAGAUGGUGUAAAUGGCAAGAUCGAACAAUCUACAAGCUUUGCAAGUCGGUGA